UGCACACACUGUCCGUGAACUCGUCCUCUGAGACGGAAGCUGCGGUUCUCCUUCUCCUCCUUCACCUCCUUCUUCACCUCCUUCUCUCCUCCUUCUCCUCCUCCGGGGGACCCGCUUCUAUCAGUGAGUCCCUCUUGAGGACCGACAGCUAGCCGCCUGUGUCCUCAUGUCUUCCCGGGGGACACCCAGCCGCUUCCUGGCCUCGGUCCUGCGGAACGGACUCGGCCGCUACGUGCCGCAGCUCAAGCGGAUCUCCAUCGUCUUCUCCAGGAAGGCUCAGAGCUCGCUGGGAGUCAGGGACUUCAUCGAGGAGGGGGUGGUGGACUACGCCAAGAACAACCCGGGGACCGUGGUGUACGUGUCCCCUCAGACCAUCCGGAUCCCCAAGGUGGUCGCAGAGUAUCUCAACGGCAACGUGAGGGAAGAAUUCGUCACCAGCAAAACAUCCCCGCAGAUUUCAGAGCUUCUGACCAAACUGGCCAAUCAGUCCGGCCUGGAGAUCAUGCGUCUCCGCAAACCUUUCCACACGGACAACCCCAGCAUCCAGGGCCAGUGGCACCCGUUCACCAACCGGCCCCCGGCCAUCGGGCCCCUCCGGCCCCUCCGGCCCCAGGAGCAGGACUCUGUCUGAGGACUCCACUCUGUCCAUCUGUUCCUCCUCAGAGCUGCGAUUCGUCUGCACGGGUCACCUAGUUCUCGUGUUUGCGGCAGUUUCCAGUGAUUUACUUUUGGAUGUUCCUGCAGAAGACGUCACCACAGGCUCGGUGUGUUUUUGCCGCCGGCAGCAGAGCCACUCGAACCCGGCAGGAGGACACACGCCGCUCUGAACGCCACGUUUGAAUAGACUCCACAUGAAUCCAUCGGACACAUAUUCAACAGUUUUAUUUUGAAGAGCACGGGGGAGCAGAUUCAACCUUGUUUGAAAUAAAAAAUUGUGUAAAUCUUG